CUUGUUAUUCCUACGGUGUGAGUCUUGGCAACUGAAUCCACCGCACUUCGGUGCUCGGAUCAUAGUUGUUCAAACGAACUGAACUGAACUGUGUGUGCGUGGGUUAGUUUAUGGAGAUCAGACGUUUAACUUGUAAUCACUUCGCGUUGGCCCUGGUCACCACUCCUUCGAAGAUUUGAUCGCCGUAGUAGCACCCACCCAAGGCACAAUGCGAUAUAUAAAUGUCGGUAUAGAUGGUUAGUGCGAUCUGGACGCUGUUACUACGCAUAUUAUUCUUUUUUGAAUUCAGGUAAGGUCGCGUCAUGGAUUGCCUAAAUUGGGUAAAUAUUCCGUGGUUGACACAUCCGUAAGGAGGAGAAGCCUCGACCAUAUUCGACUAUUUUGAUUGACUAGCUUUUGCUUGUAUUACCUCGAGUUUUUGUGGCUAAGCUUCAAGAUGUGACAACACGCAUAUUUACGGAGCUCCCUAGGAACUAAUGCACCAUUAUGGUGACACCCUGCAGACGGUGACACCGUCCGCUGUACUAUCACUUCAGGUAUAAUCUGUUUGAGUAGACGGGAGAAACACAUGAUCUUUUUAAUUGCCUCUGGCUGUCAAGUUUCGAACGUCGCGCGAUCUUCACUCUUGACUACCAGAUUAGAAUCGACUAUUCCAGAGGUGACCUCACAAGUGUUAAGCUAGAAGAAGCCGGAAGGGGUUUCAAACUCAGGUAGCAGUGAACACCAGCAGGUGCCUCAAACAAUACCCCACUGGCAAGUUUUGCUGAGCUUCAAUUCUCGUUGUUUGGUUGCCGACUAUUUUUUAACUCCUAACUUUCUAUUGUACUCUCCUUUUUAUAGACAUUGUAACAUUGAUGUCGGUUAGACGCACCAUUGAGUCCAUGCGAGAAGUGUUGCAUUGUGCUAAGCUUGAUCAUCACUGCUCAAGCGGGCCAAUUCAAGCAGUCACUUUUGCCAGCAAUCUAUCGUCCGAUGAGUAUCGGUUAUUUGAAGUUUCGGAAGCGUUGGCUGCUCAUUUGACUCAACCGGACUCGCGAAUCGUGAUGGAACUAAAAGAAGAACCCAAGAAGAACAACGCUGGAAGGACCUUUGCUUGUACAGCAACUGAGACGUUUACCAUAACUGAAGCGGAAACAUCCAAUUCACUGCUGUUGGUUUCUGAUUGGUGGCUUCCCAAUCAGGAAUCGAGGUCGGACAAAGAGAACGAGUGUGCUUUGUACCCCACGGUGAAUGCCAUGAAGUCCACCUACUAUGAACUCCAUGGCUGCAUCGCCCCCUCACUACGUUUGUUGAAGCAAGUUUUGUACACCUCACUUUACAGUGGACCAUUUGAAGAGGCCAUUGAUUCUGACGAUGACACGGCUGCAGUUGUUCCAGUACAUCCGACCAGAGAUGAUUUGGCCGCAAAAUUCCCUUGUAGUCGGAGCGAGUUAGCUCGCGCUUUACUUCGUCUACGCGCAUACGAAUUCGGUGGUGCUGUAAGGUUGAUGGAUUCGGAUUAUCUGUGCCAGGUAGUACGUGAUGUGUUCUCCUGUGCUGAUGAGAACGGUUGGAGUUGGCGCACUAUUGGCCUUCCUUACUGCGCUGUUAUCGAUAGUCUCUCACAGUCGCAUGAUCACUCUGUGUUAAGACAAGUUCUGUCACAAUUCUUCGCCCGUCGUCUUUGCGGUAGAUACGCGUCCGCUGCCGAUGAGUGUUUCGUGUUUCCUCGGAACUCUGUCAUCUGUCAGCUGAUUGGGGAACAAUUACUUUCCGUUACAACUAGCUUCGAUAUGAAAGAUUUUCUUGCAGUUUGGAAAGCCACAGUGCCAGAGGGACUUCGACCUAAACUGCGAAAACAUCUCACGUGUGCUGGGCGAGCUUUCUCUCACCUGCCAUCCGUCCCGACUUCUUCGAUUAAUGCUGGUGGUGGUACCACUUCGCUUCCUUUCCGUAGCUUAUCACUGCUUCGCUCAGAAGAUCUUCCGGACGAAAGCGUGGAGUCUCGAAUUUCCGCUUUAUUUGCUCAGUCGAAGUAUUGGCCUGAGUUCGAGUUGGCAAGCUACUUGACAGAUAUUUUGGUCAGUCCUGUGGAACCCAAGGAAUCUGCCAAACAACACUUUUCCAGUGGCCCUUCCGUCCCCUACGCAUCUUCAGACAGUGAAUCCGAUUUCGAAUACAUUGACGUAGUCGAUCUGGACAAGGAGUUCGAUUGCGUGGAUAUUCCGAAACCGUUUCCUUCGUGCAUUGGGGCAGCACUGACUAGACUCUGUCGUGUGACUACGACACAUUCAGGCAGGUUCUACUCGGAGAAGCAUCCUAAAACAUAAUUUACGGUUGUACACUCUCUCCUGUAUACAUUUUUCACACCUUUUGUAAUUUUCGAUCUUACUUAACAGGAUCCAAGUGUUUUUCUUGUUUCAAUUAUGUGCCAAUCUGAGAGUUUGCUAGUUGCAUUUUUCUGGAGCGCUGCUCAUCCCGCUUAUUUUUCUAUGCAAGCAUGUUUUGAUGGUGUUAUUUACUUUAUGAAUCAUAUUUU